AUGUCAGGGGUAAAACCUGAACUUAAGCAAGUAAUACUGGCUGAUCUUGGUUUCUUAGAAGGGACUCUCCCUUUCAAGUACUUGGGGAAGCCUUUAUCUUCAAAGAAACUGACCAUAGCUCAAUGUAUGCCAUUUGUUGAAAGAAUCACAGAAAGAGGGAGGUGCUGGUCAGCAAAGUUGUCAUCUUAUACAAGUAGAUUGGAAUUGAUUAAGUCUGUCUUGUUUGGAAUACAAAGUUAUUGUGCUCAAAUUUUCCUACUGCCUAAGAGGUUUCUGAAACUUGUGGAAGCAACUUGUAGAUCCUCCUUAUGGUCAGGACAUGCUGCUAUCUUAAAGAAAUCUUUGGUUUCUUGGGCCAAAACUUGUCUUUCUAAAGCUGCUGGGGGUCAAAAUGUGAUGAAUAUAUGUCUAUGGAACGAGAGUGAUAAUGGUGAUUUAUCAACUAGGUUGGCUGCUGUGGUCACGAGACAGAAGUUUCUUACAAAGCAUAUGUAUGUUGCUCUUUUUCCUGUCUAUGUGAAAGUCCCUUGGAAGAGCUUAGUUAUGCAGAAACAUAUCCAUCCUAGACAUAGGUUUAACCUGUGGCUUGCAAUUCAGAGGAGGCUAGUGACUGUGGAGAGAUUGUUAAAGUUUGGUUUCUUUAAUGGUUGGGGUUAUAUUGAACUGUAA